AGUUUUCGGACCCACCCGGCGUGCCAGAGGGCAGAGCACGAGCGCAGCGCCUCUCCGCGCUCGGGUCCAGCGCCAUUCAUCAGAGCAGACCGCGCGCACACCUGGUCGGACCGAAACGAGACCUUUAGAGCCUGAAACGGAUCCUCUCAGGUGAGUCUGCCCCUCAUUCUGGACUUCUGCUCCUGUUUUAAGGAACUUUAGAACACUUUGAGGAACUUUGACUCGAGGGAGAAGUUUUAUAGAAACACAGAGAGGUGCAGCUUUUUAAAGUUAUUCAGACUCAUGACGUAGAAAGAAAGACAGCUCGUGGGUUUGGAGAAGGUGCCAGAGAGGAGAGGAGAGCUUCACGCGCAGAUAGUCUGACUGUUGUCUCUCUACCUGUCAACAGCUCGAGACUUAAUCAACCCAGGAAUGUGGUGCCAUUAGGACUGGAGCUGAGAGCUGGGACUUCAACUUCAACUUCAACUUUUUAGGAUCACUUUUAUAAACUUCAGAGACUCUAAAGGGGGACCAUGGCAACAGGAGGAUUCAAGUCCAGCGCCACGACAGACUUCCUGGAGGAGUGGAAGGCGAAACGGGAGAAAAUGAGGACCAAGAUGUUGGGGGACAUUGCCGCAGCGACUGGUGCUCCUUUGGGUGCCACAAACACCACCAACCCGGACCGAACCGCCUCCACGGGGAACUGCCACCCCUCCUCCUGCUCGGUGUCUCGGUCCUCCUCCGGCUCGGCCCUAAAGAGACCCGAGGAGGAGACGCACCACCACCCCGCUGCUGCUGCUGCCCUCCUCCACCCCACCACCCCUGCUGCUGCUGCUGCCACCCCUGGGAGCAACCUGAAGAAGGCCCCUCCUCAGCAGAUGGAGAAGGCUCAGUGUGUGACCCCGGACUCCAGCCCCAGCCCCAUGGCGUGCAAUGACAGCGACAGCAAGGAGAGCCCCUCACCCAGCAAGGUGAAGGAGAAGAGCAGCUCUGCGCACAGUGCCAGGAAGGGGAAAGGACAGAUCGAGAAGAGGAAGCUGAGGGAGAAGAGGAGAUCAACAGGUGUUGUCAGUAUACCAUCCAAUGAGAGCCUGGAUGAGCUGGACGAUGACGAUGCAGGAGAGAAGGGGCGGAGGGAGGAAGAGGAGCUGGUUCAGGCCAACACUUUCCAGAACGAGUCCAUGACAGCAGACCCCGUCACUGGACACUUAAUGGAUACCCCCAGAUCUGGGAGCGGCCGCCACAAAUGCGCUGAAGGGCAGGCGUCUGAGGAGGACGGGGUCGGGAACACCAGACAAAGACACACCCGUCACGGCAGAGAUGGAGGAGCUGCGGCAACAGGAAGUCUGGAGAAAAGGGUCGAAGAGCUGGAGAAGGAGCUGGCCAGAGAGCGUCAGGAGAGCGCCCGGCUCGUGAAGGCUCACCAGGACAAAGACGACCUCAUCGGGAAGCUGAAGGAGGAGAUCGACCUGCUGAACAGAGACCUGGAUGACAUUGAAGACGAGAACGAGCAGCUCAAACAGGAGAACAAGACUCUGCUGAAAGUGGUCGGUCAGCUGACGAGGUAGAAGUGCACCCACCUGGACCCGACACGGACGACACAGAUGAAAGGAGCAUCUCUACUCUGUCCUCUCUACCUGACCUCCCGCCCUGGGUCACGGCCUUUCCCUGUUUGAUUCUGUCUGUAAAGUAGCGUCUCCCUCAGCCUCACAGCCUCUGAUACAUCCCCGAGGAGGAGGAGGAAGAGGAGGAGGAGGAGGAGGAGGAGGAGUGAAAGCUGAGGGGACUCGUGGCUAUGGUUGUCCUGUCUCAACACUCUCACGGGGACUGUCUGUCAUCAUAUCCAUAUUUAAUGUAAAUGUAUUGUACAUAGGUCGUUAAGAUUGUUAAUUUUAGAUUUUUUUUGAUAAGGUUUUAAAAGCAGAAGUAAAAAUGAAUGUAUGUGCAGCACAAACGAGCACACCGAGUCUACAGAGGUUCAGAAACGUUACUCUCUCUGCUCACACCCUUCAGAUUAAAGACUUCCAGUGUUGCAGCGUCGGACUUUAGUCUGGCUUCAGUUUCAUCAGUGAUGGCGUUUGUGUCGAGGAACACUUGGACCAAAUUAAACACAGUGUCUUCUUUAUGACCAUCAGCCAAAGGGGGCAGUGCAUGUGCAAUUUUAACCUGUCAGUUCUUUGAAAGUGUAGUUAAAGCCUGGUGCUUUAAUCAGAAUCAGUAGUGCCGGAUUAACUUUCUUUUUGGUACAUUUUUAACUCGAGUACAGAAAAUGAUACUCCAAAUAUCAGAUGUAAGACAAACAACUUCAUACUUCACUCUGAGUUAACCUCUGAGUGUCACACUGAGUGACGUUAGAGUGAACACUCGCCUAGUUUCUAUACGUGGAUCCUUUUUAACGCAUUCUUCUUCCUGUAAUUGUUUACAAGUUAUCUCCUUGUGAUAUUGCAUAGAUGUUUUAGCUGCUCUGUUUAAGGCAUCUAAGAUGUGUGGAGUGAGCUACAGUGCAUUUUUUUUGUAUGAUAACCAAAAUGAACUGAAGGAUCAGACUUUAUGAAAUGCAUCUCCUUUGUUUACUGAAGGGAAACGGCUUGGCUGGUUUUAGUCUCUGUAUUUAAAUCCUCUGAUCCCACAGAGCGGCUGCUCAGUGCACUCCUGCUCUGUGGUGAUUCAUCUUUAGGUUGUAGACGGUCAGUAGGUAGCUCUGCGUUCAUAUCCAUGCUCACACUUUGAGGGUAAAGACAGACAUCACAAACCCAUCUCUCUUUCCAUUACAUUAUGCAUGUACAGAAGAUUAAGACAUUUAAUAAAAGUUUGAUUAUCUCUCUCCUCA